UUAUGGCGACAUCAGGUCAUGAGAAAGAAAAGGAAAUAUUUACAUGUUGUAUCUGUUUAGAGCAACUUAAGUCACCUAGUAGUCUACCUUGUCUUCACACUUUCUGCUUCCAAUGUAUCAGUGAGUAUAUCCUAUCAACUGAACGACGUUCCGGGCAUAAACUCUUAAAUUACACGUGUCCUGUAUGUAGAAUAACUGUCACACCCUCAAAUGUAGAAACAGAUACCACACAGUGGAUUAAAUCCUUACAACGUAAUUUGACUAUCUCUCCUCUAAUAGAAACCACAAAAGAACCGCAAAACCAAGAGUGUCAUAUCUGUAAGAGAAAAAAGAAACAUAUUUCUGCGACGAAAUGGUGUCGUGACUGUACAGAAGCCUAUUGUGACGACUGUUGCGACACGCAUAGUUUCAUAACAUCUUUGACUAAUCACAAAGUUGUAGACAUCAAAAGUAUUCAGACAAAUGAAGAAGAAAUCGAUUUGUUUAAAAUAUCAGAUUCUUGCCCCGUGCACAGUUCCAAAGUAAUCGAGGCAUAUUGUUUUGAUCACCUACAACUUUGCUGCGUACUGUGUGUAACGUAUCAACAUAGGCAGUGUAAAGAUGUUCAGGCCAUUGAAGACCUAACCAGCAAAAAAGAUGACAGUUGUUCAUUUGAAUCGAACUUGACUGAAAUUCAAUCAGGUACUGAAAAAUUGCUACAAGCACAAAAAGACGAGAAGAUAACUUUGAAGAAAUCGUUUUCCAGUAUUGAAAGCAUUGUUAUCGAUUCGGUAAAUUCUGCUAAAAGUCAAUUAGAUAGUUUGUUGAUUUCAUUCUCGAAAGAGCUGAAGAUGAUGGAAGAGAAACAUCAAGAUAAAAUAGACUCAAAGUUAGAUAUAUUCGAAAAGCUUUUAAAUGAUAUCAUUGAGCUUCUCCGUAUAACAACAUAUAUUCGAGCUUACGGCUCAAAAACACAUUUUUUUAUUCAUCUCCAAAAAUCAAAAACGGAAUUGAUUUCAGAAAUAGAAAAAUCUGUAAAGUUAUUAUUCGAAAUCCGUGUAGUGAAAACAACUGUUGAUAUUGAAAAUGCACUUCAUCGAAUAAUGAAAUUAGAGCAAGUAGGGAAAGUACUUAUUACAGAGGGAAAAAAAGAAUUUGUAGCAGAAUAUAUAGGGAUACUUAGAGAUCAAUCGCAUUUACAUGCCAGCACUGUAUUCCCGUAUCUCCAUUUGAUAAAACGAAAAUUGGUCCACGUGCUUUCUGAAUAUGAUUUAUUUGGGGGAGUGUGUAUUUCAGACCAGACAAUUGCAUUAUGCUGCCGAUCGAAGAGUAGCUCAGGCAGUCAGCCAUACCAUCUGAUUAUUGUCGAUGCAUCAACAGGAAAAGUAAUAAACGAAUGUAAAAUUCCAGAUGGCACCAAAGGACUAACAUAUGAUACAUUGAAUACGACAUUGUAUAUUUCCAGCAGCAGUACCAUUUACAGUGUUAGAUGUGAUCAGCAAAUUAUGCAACCAAGGUAUAUAAAACAUACUGGUACUCAAUAUUAUGGAGGAAUUUGUAUGAAAGACAAUUACCUUUAUGUGAACGUCGGGACUGAAAUUAAGAAAAUGAAUUUAAAUCAGAACAAUGGAUUGCAAGCAGCAUUCUCAAUAAAUAGUUCAAAUAAAAAUCCAAGUGGAUUUAACGCACUUACGAUAGAUUACAAGAACGGUCGUUUAAUACAUGCGUCCGAAAAUGGUAAUGUCGUUAGCACUUCACUGGAUGGAAAGGAAAUAUUUUCUCAUUACAUGACAGGCACCACCAGCGUAGUCGUUAACUCUAAUGGUUUUAUUUUUGCCGGGUAUAAACAUGGGUAUGUACGUUUGAUAUUGGAAGAUGGGGAACAAGAUAGAACCUUACUGGGCAAGUGCGAUAAAAUAAAAGAAUUGCGUGAUAUCUGGUUGAACAAAUCUGAAAAUACUCUGUUUAUUUGUGGAAAUGAAUAUGUAGAACUUUAUGAUGUUACCUACUGAACAAACAGUUUACUCAAAAAACAUUUCUUUCAUAUGAAAAUGAAUAUGUAGAGAGAUGAGAGAGAUGGAAAACUUUAAAUUUAAUUUACCGUUGCUUCAAUGACAAGAUAAGCUACGGUAAAGCAUGUUUCGACAAUAUAUUGUUAUUUAAUUAAUGUAUGUCCAUAAUUUAUAUAGUAACAUCGA